UUUCCUCUGCUUUUCCCCCGAUUGGUCUACAAAAAUCAUAUUAUCUCUGACGGAACUUCUAAUCAACUGUUAUGGCUGAAGUUGACGAAAGAUGAAUUUAGCACACUGAUAAGAUACUGAUAAAGAGAGCUCUACCAAACUGGUAAAAUCCUGCGUCGUAAGAUUUAUCUCUUCCUAUGACGUCACCGGAAGCUAUGUGAUCGACACCCUAAGAACCCAUACUUAUAGCAGGUAGUUCUGGCGAGCUUGCGAGCGCAAAAUGAACUUUUUGAUGCAUGAUAUAACCAGAGCAUUUGAAAAUAUUGCCAAGAUGAGUUCGAGGAAACCUUCUCCGACCAACAAGCCGUCUACUCUUCUGUCGCGCGAAGAAAACGAAGUUGUUUUCAAGCUACUUGGACCUCGUUGUCAGACUCUCAGCACUACCGUCGUGCAAGUUUUUGGGACUGAAGGGCCUCAUCACAAUACGUGGCGUAAACGGCACUGCGGAGCCAUUACGUUCACCAAGGACAAUGUACGACGGUCAUAUUACAUUCAGGUGUAUGAUGUUGUUGCAGGGUCACGUGUUUUCGAGCAAGAAUUGUACACUCAGUUUACAUAUACAGUCUCAAAGCCUUUUUUCCACCAAUUUGAAGCAGAGGAACAAAUGAUAGGUCUUAAUUUUGCGGAUGAAAGGGAAGCAAGUUUCUUCAGCCAAGCUGUCAAUGAACGAUUAGUGGCCAAGCAGCGCAAAAAGGAAG